AUGGACUAUGAAAAAAUGUUAACAAAAGGGGCGUUAAGGUCCAUCAAGAACGAUGAAAGAGUUCAAUGUCCUGUCAUGCAAGUUAUUGAUAUUAAAGAACUUUCAAAAAAUCUGGUUUAUAACAAUAAUAAUAUAAUUAUGAAAAGUUAUAUUUUAUCUGUUUCUGACGGUGAAAAUAUUAUGAAUUCUGUUGAGAUGAACAUUGGCUUGAACCGUAUGGUUUCUACUAGAGAACUUUCCAAAUUUUCCAUUAUAAAGAUAAAUCGUUAUAUGAUAACUAAUAGUGUUGCACCAGCUAAACAACCAAGAAAAGGCAUUAUUUUUACAGAUUUGGUUGUUGUUGUAUCAGGUUCUAUUGUUUUUAAGACUAUUGGUAACCCUCAACCAAUUAUUUAUAACAUUGAACCAAUGCUUAGAACGGAAGCUUCAGUUCAGACGGUUCAAGUUUACGAAGAAAUUAGAGUAUUGCAUACAAAGCAUCAUAUAUGGAGAUCACUUAUAGAAACAGAACAAUAUUCAAGAUUAUUGACAGUGGGUGCGUUACAAUUUAUUGUGAACAAUGUAGAAGUCAAAUAUCCUGUCAUGCAAAUCCUUGGAAUUAAACAAGUGACAUCUGAUUACUUAGGAAUAAUCAAAUAUCGUUUAAUGAUUUCGGACGGUCAACAUUACAGCACUUUAGUAAUGUUAGCUACUCAGUUAAAUAAUAUGAUUACUGAAAGCUAUAUAAAAAAAUUUUCAAUCAUAUAUAUAAGAAGUUAUGCAGUCAGUCAACUAAGUGCGACUAAUAAAAAACUCAUUCUCAUUUUGGAUUUGAUUUGUUUGGAUGUUUGUCUGGAUAGAAUGAUUGGUGAUCCUAAACCAGUCGUGGAGCAUUCUGGUCAAGUAGUUGAGAAUAGUAUACCUGCUUCAACUGAUGAGAUUCCGGAACCAAGUGUUGAAAUGGGCACUUCAGCACCACCAACAUCACCAAUAGAUCCGGAUCAGGAAGUGGAGAAUUUACCUUUGAAUUUAGAUAUGUUACACAUUUCUUAA